GAUUAAUAUAUAAUGAUACAUUACAAAAUCCUCAUUUUUCGAAGAAUGUAGGAUUAGAAAACCUAGGGAGGAAGUCUUUAGACGAUGGAUUUUUAGGUAAAGUGCAAGGUUUUUUUACUGAAACAUUAGGACAAGUAGAACCAGCACCUAUUCUUGGUGUAUCUGGYGGGAUGGGUGCUUUAUUUUUACUUUUUAAGUAUACUCCAGUUGGAUCCUCCUUUGGAGGAAGAAGAGGACGUAUGCAUCGAAUCCCUAACAAUUUCGGUGAAUAUUACGCAGGAUUUGUCCCAGGUUUUGCUGAACAGGACUAUGGAAAUUUUGGAAACGAACGAUAUAAUAUAUCUUAUAGGCCCGAAUAA